CCCGUUGUUUUGUGUUAUCGACGGUCAGCUGUAUUUCUCGACUAAAAAUAACGUCGCGUUUGGUUCACCAGUUAAGCACACACUGCAACUACUGACUGACCGAACAUGGCCAGCCAAGCAUGCUACGUGCAUUCGCCGAGCCUACAUCGAAUCUUCAUUAGGAUGCGCUGCACAUCCUAAGCCUCGAGAAGACCUGCGACUGGAGGAGCCGGCACACGUCCCCACGGCGGAUACUGUCCUGCCACGCACAAGCCAAGGACGGAGUGCGCACAUGAUCUUAUGCGGCCUGCUGUCAGUUUUGAACAAAGGACGAAGAUAGGGGAGCUCCGAUGGAGGUAGCAGUUGCCGCUGUGGCCUCGUGUUCGGCCAGCAUCAUCACACAUCCCAUCGAGGUAGCCAAGAUCCGUAUCCAGCUGCAAGGAGAGCUGCAGCCGCCAGUCAGAGACAAGUCGGGGCAAAUGCGGCCGGUGUACCGCAACGUGCCACAGGCGUUGUACACGGUGGCCCGCCACGAUGGCAUCUUCGCCAUCUACCGCGGCCUACUGCCGGGCUUGGGGUACCAGCUGUUGGCAAAUGGGCUGCGACUGGGAAUGUUCCAGACCAUCGAAGACUUCGGGUUCACGCUGGAUGAAAACCUCGAGCCCAGCAUUCGCCUGAGUGCCAUCUCCGGUGGUGUGGCCGGUGCCGUCGGGGCGUUCGCCGGCUCGCCGCUUUUUCUUCUCAAGACACACAUGCAGGUGCACUGUGCCACGGCGUCGAUCGCUGUGGGUUACCAGCACGGCUACAGGACGGCGAGAGCGGCUUUCAUGCACAUCUACCGGACGCAAGGUCUGUGGAACGGCCUAUGGCGUGCCACCUCGUCCAACAUACUGCGCAUCUCCACGGGCUCGGCGCUGCAGCUGUCCACCUUCAUCGGCUUCAAGACGCUGCUCAACACGGCCACCGAGGGUCGCGAGCGCUACUUCUUUAUCAACACGGUGCUGGCGGCGCUCAUCUCGGGCCUCGUGUCGGCGCCUUUCAUCGCUGCCGUCGACGUGCUCCGGGCGCGCAUGUACGCGCAACCUUCGAACGCGCGAGGCGAGGGCCUCUACUAUCGCAGUGUCUGGGACUGCGUGCGCAAGAUCAAGCGUACCGAGGGCCUGCGUGGUCUUGCCAAGGGCAUUGGUGGUGCUUUUCUCUACACGCUCACCACCUCGUCCAUUACACUCAUCUCGUGGGACGAGCUCAAGAAUGCCCGAAGGGAACGCCGCCACUCGAGGGACUACUACAUCGACUUCGGGUACCAAUGAUGCCAGAUAUUGUUUACAGUAAUUUGAAUAUGUCCUAGUGACCUGUAUGCGUUCACAUAGUUUUUGUUCGCAUAUCGGAGUCCACUUAUAUCAUGGCGAUUCCGCGCGGAAGUGCUGUCCAGCGCUUCCUGUGGCAGCAAAGUUUU